UGUUAAUGGAUUAUCUUCUUUGGCCAUGACGACUGAAGCACCACCACCACUCUUCCAUAGCUUCCAACUCUCCCCUGAAAUGAAUCUGUAGGUUCCUCUCUCUCUCUCCACAUUUGGAGUCUAAACCCCAGCCCCAAUUCUUGGUUGAGUAAGAUUCUUGCUUUGUUUGUUCAUACUAUUUUUGAUGGUUUUGCACUUUUUAUUUGAUAAUUUGCUCUAAGAAAUUUUGACGGUGUGGUAAUUAGCAUAACAAUUAUCAUGGAAGCAGCUUCUGUAAACACAUUUCCUAGCUUCCAAAGACCUCCUUCCCAUACCACAAUGAACAAUUUCUUGCUCUUUGAUCCUGCAAAGACUUCAUUUUUAACUAGUAAUCCAGGAAUUAAAUUAUCCUCCAAGUUUCAUAUUCUAUUCCACAAGACUUGUCGUUUAGCUCCCAAUUCAUUAGGGAAUAAAAUAUUAAUUGAUAAUAAACAAGAAGAAGAAAAAGAUGAUGGUAGUGCUGAUGGUUCUAGUGAUAGUAAAAAUGAGGAAAACCCGGUCAAUGUGGACUGGGAAGCAAAGUUCCUUGGAAAGAUUGACCCAUCUGAAGAUGUUUUGCCUGAGAAGAAGAAGAAAAAAAAGAUAAACUCUAGAUUGCUCAAGGAUACUGAAACAAUGGACUGGUGUAUGAAUGCUAGAAAAGUUGCUCUCAAGUCUAUUGAAGCUAGAGGAUUGACCCCUGUUAUAAAGAGUAUGGUUAGUGGUAAUAAAAAGACCAAAAAAAAGAAGAAGAAAAUAAAGUCCAAGGUUGAUAAGCGAAACCCGGAUGAAGAAAUUGAUGAAGACUCUGAAUUAGACUCGGAUGAUGAAGAUCUUGAUUUGGAUGCUGAAAUUCCUCUAGGCAAUGCAAGUCACCUUAAGAGGACAGUUAGUAUGUUUGCUGAUGGUAUGUUUGAGGAACAGAAAGCUAAAACCAUGGAAACGUUUGUCCAAAGGCUAUCUGAGUUUGCAGGACCAUCAGACCGUAAGAAAGAAAUUAGCUUGAAUAAAGCAAUUGUUGAAGCAAUGACGGCUGAGGAGGUGUUGGAAGUUACUGCUGAGACGGUCUCAGCUGUUGCAAAAGGGCUUAGCCCUUCGCCUCUUUCUCCAUUAAAUAUAGCCACAGCUCUGCAUAGAAUAGCGAAGAACAUGGAGAAAGUUUCAAUGGUUAGGAGUAGAAGGUUGGCAUUUGCUCGCCGGAGAGAGAUGUGUAUGCUUGUUGGCAUUGCUAUGACUGCUUUGCCUGAGUGCUCGGCACAAGGUGUUUCAAAUAUUGCGUGGGCGCUGUCAAAGAUUGGCGGUGAGCUUCUCUAUUUGACAGAAAUGGAUAGAGUGGCAGAAGUGGCAUUGACUAAGGUUGAUGAGUUCAAUACACAAAAUGUUGCUAAUGUAGCUGGGGCUUUUGCUUCAAUGCAGCAUUCUGCUCCAGAACUAUUUUCGGGGUUAGCAAGAACGGCCUCAGGCAUAAUCCAUACUUUUCAGCCUCAAGAGAUUGCUCAAGUCUUGUGGGCUUUUGCUUCUCUGAAUGAGCAAGCUGGUCCCAUGCUCGAUUCUCUUGAUAAUGUUUUUAGUCAUGUCAGUCAAUUCAAAUGCAGCUUGAGUGAUGGUAAACUACCUUAUAUUAAAGAAAGGACAGCAGAUGGUAUUGCAGAUGUUGAGUCUGGAGCUAUUAACUAUCCCGUGCUAAUGUUUAAUAGGGAUCAGCUUGGUAAUAUAUCAUGGUCUUAUGCUGUUCUUGGGCAGAUGAAUCGAGUUUUCUUUGCUAAUGUAUGGAAUACUCUCAGCUAUUUUGAGGAGCAACGAAUAUCCGAGCAGUAUAGAGAAGACAUUAUGUUUGCUUCCCAAGUUCAUCUUGUGAACCAAUGUCUCAAGCUAGAGUAUGCGCAUCUUGACUUAUGCCUUAAAGGUGAACUGGAGGAGAAAAUUUGCAAUGCUGGAAGGACAAAACGGUUCAAUCAGAAGGUUACUUCCUCAUUUCAGAAGGAGGUUGCUCGCCUUCUUGUCAGCACUGGACUAGAUUGGGUAAGAGAAUAUGCGGUGGAUGGUUAUACUCUGGACGCAGUCGUUGUUGACAGAAGAGUUGCUCUUGAGAUAGACGGUCCUACUCAUUUCUCAAGGAACUCAGGAAUCCCCUUGGGACAUACAAUGCUAAAACGCAGAUAUAUCACUGCUGCUGGUUGGAGGCUCAUAUCUGUCCCUCAUCAGGAAUGGGAAGAGCUCCAAGGAGGGUUUGAGCAGUUAGAGUAUCUCCGUGGCAUUAUUGAAGGGAGCUUCAAUGUGGAAAUGGAAGAUGGUCAUUCAAGUAUAGAAUAGGGAAAUCUAUAGCUGUAUUUUACUGUGUUUGCUCUUCGUUCCUCUGUCAUAUAGCUGAUAUAUAUAUAUUUCUCUUACUUUUCAAAUUGAGAUUGUGCUAAUGCGGAUUACUUCAAUUUUUGAUGGGCAGUAUUUGUUAAACUACUUAGACGAUUCAUAUAACCGACUCAAAUAGUUUAUAGUUGAGGUGUAGUUGAUUGAUUGAACAAUAUACACCACAAAUUCUAGAGUGAGAUAUAUCAGCAACCUUUCUUGUC